GCAAACUGCCUGCGCGCGAGGCGGGGCGAGAGCGGACGGCGGGCGCUGGGUGGGUCUGUGGCGGGGUCGGUUGGCUCCCGUUCUGCGCCUUCGCUUGUGAUUGGCAGAACUUGGCUGAAGAUGUCUAAGCAACAACCAGCCCAAUUUAUAAAUCCAGAAACUCCUGGCUAUGUCGGAUUUGCAAAUCUUCCCAACCAAGUUCACAGGAAAUCAGUGAAAAAGGGUUUUGAGUUCACACUAAUGGUGGUUGGUGAAUCGGGUCUCGGAAAAUCGACCCUCAUAAACAGCCUGUUCCUGACGGAUCUCUACCCAGAAAGAAUCAUACCGGGAGCUGCAGAGAAAAUUGAAAGAACAGUCCAAAUUGAGGCUUCAACUGUUGAGAUUGAGGAGCGAGGGGUCAAGCUGCGCCUGACAGUGGUGGACACACCUGGCUACGGUGACGCCAUCAACUGCAGAGACUGCUUUAGGACCAUCAUCUCCUACAUCGACGAGCAGUUCGAGCGGUACCUGCACGACGAGAGCGGCCUGAACCGCCGGCACAUCGUGGACAACAGGGUGCACUGCUGCUUCUACUUCAUCUCGCCCUUCGGGCACGGGCUGAAGCCCCUGGACGUCGCCUUCAUGAAGGCGAUCCACAACAAGGUCAACAUCGUGCCUGUCAUCGCCAAAGCCGACACGCUCACCUUGAAGGAGCGAGAGCGCCUGAAGAAGAGGAUUCUGGAUGAAAUUGAAGAACACAGCAUCAAAAUCUACCACUUGCCUGACGCAGAGUCAGAUGAAGAUGAAGACUUCAAAGAGCAGACCCGGCUUCUCAAGGCCAGCAUCCCCUUCUCUGUGGUUGGAUCCAAUCAGCUGAUCGAAGCCAAGGGCAAGAAGGUCCGAGGCCGCCUCUACCCGUGGGGUGUCGUGGAGGUGGAGAACCCAGAGCACAACGACUUUCUGAAGCUGAGGACAAUGCUCAUCACUCACAUGCAGGACCUCCAGGAGGUGACCCAAGACCUCCACUACGAGAACUUCCGCUCCGAGAGGCUCAAGAGAGGCGGCAGAAAAGUGGAAAAUGAGGACGUGAACAAAGACCAGAUCUUGCUAGAGAAGGAAGCCGAGCUGCGCCGCAUGCAGGAGAUGAUCGCCAGGAUGCAGGCACAGAUGCAGCUGCAGAUGCAGGGUGGCGACGGCGACGGCAGCGUUCACGGGCACCACGUGUGAGGUGAAAACACUGCAAGAUAAACAUUCCAGAUGAGUUAAUCCAGCUCUGUGUUUUCAAGAAAUUGUUGGACAGGUGCCCAUCCACACUUUACAGUGCCUGUGGCUCGAAAAUUUAAUUUUUAAAAAACUUCUGAUGUGUUCUUUUGUAUGAAGUACUUCUAACAUUUGUAUUCAUCGCUAGAGGGUAGACUUUGUACUUUGUGGGUGAACUGUGCGUUUUCUUCCGCCUUACAUGACCACUAACGUUAAUUAGCAUGUACUCCCAGGGGUUGGGCAGCGUGUUAAUAUGACCGGGCAGGCCUCCCCCCCCCCCCCCCCACCCCGUCCCGGAGGAGCACUCCUGGCUUGUUUCCAGAACGUUCAUACUGACCCAGAGAGUUCCUGAGUGGCACAGAGACGCGGACCUGGUGGCACCGAGGGCACAGAGCCACUUGCGCCCGGGAGCUCCCGUGGAGAUGCCUCCCUGCCUCUCCCGCUGGGGCCCAGCCCCCGAGACCAGUUUUGCUGCUGCAGUUCAGUACCUUUCCUUCGUCUUCGUCUUCGUCUGCACACGUAUCUUUUUAGCACGUGAAACAGUAGAAUUAUCUUAGAGAUACAUGUUUAUACUUAGUCUUUUACAAACAGGCUUUUAGGGGUAAAUUUUAGAAGUCUCUGGAUUCUUACACUAGGUUAUUUUUUAAACCAUUGCAGAGAACUUGCCACAGCCACUUUUUGUGAUGUUUUCCACUAGUACUGGUCCUUAUGGAAAAAGUCAGUAUCCAAGAGUCCGGUUUUCACAGUGCAACUAAGAUUCUUACCAGCACAGAGUCAACAAACUAUUUUUGCUCAAAUUAAAUAAUUUUUAAAGGAAAAUUAGUAAUUCAUCUGUUCAGAAAAUAACCUUUGUAUGUUUUUAUGGCACUUUAAUAUACAUAUUUUUAUAACUACAGGUGUAGAAGAUCUGCCUUAGCAGUGGAAACUGGGGUCCUUUGGGGCGCGGUUGCCGAACCCAGACCCAUCACGGGCUCUGAGGUGUUCCGGUCCCCUGGAGCCCAGAGUGCCUGCCAGUCAGGUUUCUCCUAUUUGGCUUUCUUUCACCUGUUUCUUUUUUUAAUGGUUUUCUGAAGGGAAACAAAUGCACUGUUCGUGUUUUUUGUAUGUGCGGACUCGCUCACUUAUUUUUAGCCACCACCAUUUCCUUCAUUAUUUGUGAUGCAAAUUUCUCCAUGUAUCCAAUGAGAAUGAAAUACAUUUAAAAUCUGCACCUUGGCCUGGUUGCAGGGGCCACCAGUCAGAGCUGUCCCCAGUGGGUUUUCUGCGCUUUGUGGCCUUGGCCCUGCGCUCCUUCCCCUCCCCGAGUGUCUGUCCUUCACUCUGUCUCACCCUCCGAGGGUACUGAUGCUCCAGGGCCUGCUUUCCUUUUUCAGCAUUUCUCCUGAAGUUGAGGAAGGAACUGGCAGGCAGAAGGGGACCUGGAGGGAGCAGGUGUUGGUUCACUGUUUUUAUUUUGUUGUAAUGGGGUAGAGGGUGGAGGACAGACAUGGAGAAAAUGCUUGAUUUGAGGAUGAGGAGGGGUUUUUGUUUCAGCCAAAAAAUGAAAUGAGGUCAAAAUGUGUUGGUUACAAAAGUGCACUUGCUGCCUUGGCCCCUUCACUGUCUCAGUCAUAAAUGGUCCAAAGCUUUAGGUUUCGGCACAUUUUCUCAGUAAAGCUCUUACCAAGAAACAUGUUCCAUGACUUGAGAGCACCUCCAAGGCCAAGUGCGUGGCCUGUUUUGGCAUUUAUCAACGGUGCUAAUAAAAGGGGGCGUUUGCAUGUGGUUUGUAAUAAGCUCUGUGUGUGUGUGAGCGCACAGCUGCGUCUCGGGGCUGGCUGCCACCUAAUGAUGGUUAUGGGGGGUGGGCAGACCUACACCUGUACAUCCUUUCUCUUUUGCCCAAACUGAAACAAGUACUUUUGCUAAUAGAUCGUUGUUCUUUUACUAAGAGAUACUCUUUACCUAUAGAAAUGUAUUUUGAAAACUUAUUUUACACAGCCAUUUUGUAUCCAUUAAAACUAACCUUUCAUCAAUAAAGCACUAUUGUUGAGA